GUGACGCUCCAGAAAUCCUUGACCUUUUUUAUAUCUCUUCCAAACUCUGGCAGAGAUUUGAGUUAGUCUUAAAACGAUUCUAUUCCCCAAAGAGGCUCCACAGACCCAUAACAGUUCGGCUACUGUGUGACAGUAACGAUGUCGCCUUUGGGUAGAACCUCAAGAUAGAAAAAUUCACACUUUAAGUGCUUUGCGACUAGAAAGCAGAUGCGCACGCAACUGUUUGGCUUUCUGAUAGUCGAGCACUUUUUUUCUUUCUUUCUCUUUUUUGUUUGAUAGAUUUCUGCAGGGAUAAUCAAGCAUAUCACUUGCGAUUAGCCAUCAGACAAUUAUUUUCUGUUAUAUCGAGAGCUUCGAGAGUAGAACAUCAAGCAAGUAUUAAAGAUGUUUAUGUAAUUUAGAUUUUUUUUUCUUCUUUCAGUUUUAUAUUUUAUGGCAAAAGGGAAUAAUCUGUGACGUGUUGAUGAGCUGACAGUAUUUCGAAACUGAUGUUGAAACAUUCUAAAAAAAAAGGAGGAAUGUGAGUAAUGUGAACAUUCCAAAUUAUCAGAUAUGCUGGCGAAUUGUAGUACUGCAAGUCGCUCCAAUACACCGUUUUCUGUAAAAGACAUUUUAAAUCUUCCAGAAGAUUCAUACUUUUUUAGCAGUCCAUCUAUAGACAAAAUGCUACUGGAAGCUAUAAAUAUGAACUGCAAUAAUAACUUGCAUUUUCAACAAGAGCCUCCUAAAUGGGAUACUGAAGCCUCUAUCAGUGCAGAACCAUUUGAAACUAUACCGUACGCACAAAACUCAGAGUAUAAGACGUCUCAUGUUGUACAGACUUCUCAAACUUCUUCUAUUUCCCCUUGUGUGAGUACUAACUCUACAGCAUGUGAUAUAAAUAAUCCGCUUUGUUACAAUUCUAGCUCUUUUGCAAUGAGCCCAAUUCAGCCAGAAAACAAAACUGGAAAUUGUUCGAAAAUUCUUAGUGAAAGUUUUCAGAAUCCCAAUUUAUGGCCUAUGUGCAAAGACAGAUGCGAUGCAACUGAUAGUGUUAGUGGUAAUUCUGCCAGUCCAACGGACAGUAAUGUAAGUGUUCAGUCAUUGAAGAGUGAUGGCCAGACAGAAGAUGUCAGCUCAAAGACAACAGAAAAGCGUUCUUCUUUCCUACGUGGGUCCAGAAGCAAGAGACGUCCUCGGGUUUUGUUCUCGCAAGACCAAGUGGCCGAGCUGGAGCGGCGUUUCCAAUAUCAGCGUUAUCUUUCGGCGCCAGAAAGGGAUGAGUUUGCUGCGAGUUUAAAUCUCACAUCCACGCAAGUUAAAAUUUGGUUUCAGAACCGUCGUUACAAAAGCAAGCGUAUGAGAUUAGAGAAAGAGACUGUAGAUUCCACUCUAUAUGGACCACGUAGAGGAAUGCUAUCUUUGCCAAUAAAUGACAACUCUUUCAACUCUGCUGAUGUACAGCAAUACAGCCCAUCCUUUCCAUAUAAUCAUUCCACUUCUCCUACACCAGCAAUGGUUUCUGGUACUGUACAUCAUUUUCCUCACGUGAGGUAUGAAGUGAAAGAUAGACUUCUUUCACCUUUUAACAGCAAUGAAGUCAUUCAAACAUAUCACCCACCAGAAAGUCAAUUGUUGCCUUCAAAUUUCCAUUUUAGUGAUAAUCGAUAUGGUUACAGUCAUGGUGAUAUUUCGAUUCCAAUGUGAAAUAUCUUUUGAGAUUCUAUUAUUAUGCAUUUUUUUCUUAAAGGCUGGACCUUUAUGCAGUUUUGCUUGUUAUUAUUUAUGUGAAUUUCUAGUUACCGAUCAAUAUCAGGGCAACUAUCAGGGUUAGAUGAGCUUUAAUAGAUUUAAUUGACUUAAUAUUCAUUAAUUUUAAAUCUUUUCUCAAGCUGAAUAUGCCAUGACAAUCAAGAAAUAGCUACAUUCUAGAAAGCCAAAAUACCUGGUCUUAGAAAGAAAAAGAUACGUAGUUAUUUCAACUGGAAGAAACAUUAAAAUUAGAUUUUAACAUUAAGACGCUCUGAAAAUGCUCUGAGAAGAAUAAUUCUUCUAGAUGUUUUACUCAUUUCAAAUUAUUCAAAUAUUUUCUUAUGUUACAUUUAUGUUAUGUCCUUGCUUUAGUUUAUGUUUUUAUAGUUUACAGAAACUAAAUAUAAGAUUUGAAAUUGUAUAUACUUUAGGCAAUAUUAGUGUUGUUAAACGAGAAUAAUAACUUAAUGAUUUGUGAAAGCAUUUUAAGCAUGCUUUUAUGCACUACAUUAGGCAUUGUCUUUCAGUGUAAUGACAACCUCCAAUAGUGUUUUCACGUUUCGUAAAAAAAAAAAAAAAAAAAACUAAAAAAAAAAAAAAAAAAAAAAGGGUCUUAUAUUAUAA